UAUUAAGUAAAUCAUAAACUAUGAAAUUUGCUUAUUUUAAACCUAUUUGUGUGUGGAAGAGAUUAUGCCAUCAACAAAUAAAUAACCCACAGGCACAACGUUGGAAACAACCAGAAGGAUUUCCUACAAAUAUUCUUAUUUAUAAUCCAUUAGCAAAGAAGAAAGUACCAUUAAUUCUUAAAAAUAAAAAUAUCGCCACUUGGUACAUGUGUGGCCCAACAGUAUAUAAUACUUCUCACAUUGGACACGCUUGUGCUUACAUUCGAUUUGACAUUAUUAGACGAAUUUUAAUGGAAUUUUUUGAUAUAAAUGUGAUAGCUGUGAUGGGAAUCACUGAUAUUGAUGAUAAAAUAAUUAGAAGAUCUCAAGGGUCAACACAAUUUUCAGACUGGAAACAAUUAGCUAAAUUCUAUGAACAACAAUUUUAUGAACAUAUAUCUUCAUUAAACAUAAUGCCACCGUAUUUGUAUUGUAAAGUGUCAGAUUAUAUUCCUCAAAUUAUUCAAUUUAUCGAUAAAAUAAUGUCAAAUAAUUCAGCAUACCUUGCAAGUGAUGGAUCUGUAUAUUUUGAUACACAAAAAUACGGUAAAUAUGGAAAAUUCAGUAGAAGUGAAGCUGAAGAACGUCAUGCUAUUAAAAAGUCUAGUCUUGAUUUUGCUUUAUGGAAGGCAUCUAAAAAAGGUGAACCAUCUUGGGACAGUCCUUGGGGACCCGGUAGGCCAGGUUGGCACAUAGAAUGCAGCACUAUGGGCAGUUUUACUUUAGGUGACAAUAUUGAUAUUCACAGCGGGGGAUUUGAUUUAAUAUUUCCUCAUCAUGAAAAUGAAGAAGCCCAAUCAUGUUGCUAUCAUCAAACAGAUCAAUGGGUUAAUUACUGGAUACAUAGUGGUCUUUUACAUUUAGAAGAUGUUAAAAUGUCAAAAAGUCUGCAAAAUACAAUUAGUAUUCCCGAACUACUUGAAAAAUAUACAGCCAAUGAAUUUAGAUUAAUGUGUUUAACAACUAAUUAUAGAAAUGAUAUCGACUUUUGUCAUGAAAUUAUGCAAAAAUCUGUCACCCUUAUGAACAAAAUCAAUCAUUUUUAUAGUAAUUGUAAGAACUAUGCUACUGGAAAACUACCUGUUGGAGUAAUUGAUGAAAACAUCAUUUAUGAGGAAUUAAACAAAGCAAAAGAAAGAAUUUAUUCUGCAUUGUGUGAUGAUUUUGCUACUCCAAAAGUUAUCGCUCAACUUUCAGAUUUAAUUGACGCUGUGAAUAAAACUGUGAAUGAUUCACAGAGCAGUGGAAAAAAAUUAUUUGCUAAUAAUAUUGUCUGUAUAAAUGCCGUUGCAAUUUAUGUCUCUAAAAUUUUGUCAGCUCUUGGUAUUACCAAGUUGACACAAAAGGCCGGAAAUGAACAAAAAUUUUCAGGAUUAGUUGAUGACUUUGUGGCUUUUCGAGGAACUGUAAGACAGAUAGCUUUGAGUGGUCGAGAAAUCACGAAAGGUGAAUUAUUAAAGGCAUGUGAUGAUUCUCGAAAAAGCUUAGCUGCCAAUGGUAUCCAAUUAAAGGACCACAAGAAUACUUCUACUUGGACGUUAGUAGAAGAAUAAAAAUUGAAUUUGCAUUUUUUUAUUUUAUAGUUAUUUUAUAUAAUGUAAACAAUAAAAAACACAUUU